UAUAAUUUUUUUGUCUCCAGGUUCUUUAUAUAUAAAUAUAUAUACACCUAUAGAAAUGGCCCCAUUUCCUCAUAACAGUGAUGAUGAUCCCAAUGAAGAAAUACUAUAUGAUCCCAAUAAUGAGGAGGGCGUAUACGAGGAGGAGGAGGAGGAGGAUGUGGAAGUAAUGACAUUAAACGACAAUGAUGAACAACCAGAUUUACACGAGGGUAUCGAAGAGCUUGAUUUCAACGAUCUACCCGAGCACGAUGAAGAAGAGAACGGAUAUAUCCCUGAUGAUUCUAAAAUGGUUUUCCAACAACACGACGGCUCAGUGUUUUGUAUAAGUUCCUCACCCAAAGAUCUUAACGUUGUGGCGACAGGUGGGGAAGAUGAUAAAGGAUAUGUAUGGAACGUGGAGACUGGAGAAAUCAAAUUUGAGUGUGAUACCCAUAAAGAUUCAGUUAUAAGUUGUGGAUUCAGUGCAGAUGGAAAAUAUGUCAUGACGGCAGAUAUGGCGGGAACUGUCAUUGUUAGAACUGUCAGUGAUGGGAAAAAAGUGUGGGACUUUGAUUGCUCGGACAUCGAGUGGUGUGUAUGGCACACAACAGUACAUGUCUUAUUUGCUGGUACCACGGACGGAGAUGUGUACAUGUGGAAAGUACCAAGUGGAGAUUGCAAAAUAUAUCAAGGUCAUGGCUCUAAAGCACUUGUAGGACACUUACUAGAUAGUGGCAAAGAAAUACUUGUAGGAUAUGAUGAUGGUAGUUUAAAAUUAUGGGAUUUAAAAAAUGCAACUACUGUUUUUCAAAGCAAAGUAGAGGAUGAUGCAGUGUUAUGCGUUAGUAGUCAAAAGGGUGGGCAUUUAGUUGCAUGUGGUACUGAAGCAGGUACGGUGAAGAUUUUUAACAGCCCUGCGGGGAAGUUGCUUUGUACUCUCACAACACCUGAUGUACCUAGACAGUCGGAUGAUUUGGAAAUAGCUGGUAUGAAUAUUGAGAGUAUCGCAUUUGCUCCGUCAGAACAAUACAUUGCAUCUGGCUCGCUGAAUGGAAGUUUAAUCGUAUGGGAUUUAGCAACACAACGUAUUCGUCAACAUUGUAAACACCCUUCUGGUGUAAAUGGUAUUUUAUGGCCAUCAUGUGAUGAACACGUGAUCAUAACGGCCUGUUUAGACGGUGUUAUAAGAAAAUGGAAUACACGAACUGGAGAACUAAUAAAAGAAUUUUUUGGACAUCGAGAAAAUAUUUUAGAUAUUUGUUUAAGUACUGACGGAAAGUUAAUUUUAACAGCAGGUGAUGACCAAACUGCACGAGCAUUUGAAAGAUAAUAUCUGGUCAUACUCACUAAAAUAAAUAAAUUGUGUGGAAACUCUUAAAUCUAUUUAACGCCGGGUUAGGCUGAUAAAGUUAAAUAUUUUAACUGGAAAACUUGGUCGUUUUUUGAUUCGCGAAAGUAAGUUCAGUGGAUUUUUGUGAUAACCAGCAAUGGUGUGCUUGUUCAUACGACAAAUAAAGUUUGUAUAGUGAAGAGAGAAAGUUGAACAUUCCCUAAAAUUUCGUGAAAAGGAAACAAACAUGUUAA